GAGAAGACAGAAGAGCAAACAGAGAGCAUCCCUCAGCGGUGGCUACGAUGGAGAACGCGGAAAGAAGUGAAGAUAUCAAGAGGCCGUGGGACACCUGCCGGGAGGUUCCUGUCAUUGAAGACGAGCACACACCGUGGAAGCUGCUAAAGCUUCUGAAGAUCAUAGUUUUGUUUGUUGUAGCUAUCAUUGUGUUUGGAUUGGCAAUAUGCAGCAAGGCUUCGUUCCUUCUCCUCAUCACCUUGUCUCAUGAAGGUACAAAGACCCUCCGAGCAGAGCAGAAACCCGUCACACUGCUGUGUAUUGGCUGCUCUCUCAUUGCACCAAGUGUCCUUCUUCUGUUCAAAAGCAUCUGGAAAGCAUGUUAUAAAUCAUCCAAGCAGCCGAAAAAAGCAUCUGCAGCCCUGGUUUUUUUCUUCGAGUUCAUAGUUUCUGGGGGGUUGGCAGUGCUCACCAUUGUUGCAAUGCCUCACUUGGACAUUGUGACCAAUGUGACAAUCUUGAAUAGUGUAGCUGUCCUCUCUGCAUUCCUACAAGCGGUUUCUCAGUGUGCUGCCAAAAAGCUAAAUGUCUUCCUGCUACCUUCCAUCAUUGCCUUUCUGGUUAUUUUUGUUGGUUACAGUCUUUUCCUUAUCCUGUAUGUUCUUAAAGACCCUACAAACGUGAAGACAGCCACCUGGGUGGGUCUUGCUGUCUUUGGAACCUUCUUGGUGUCUUUCAACUGGUGGGAGAACUACUUUAGGACUUGA